CUGCUUUCCACUGUCAUGGCAAAGGAUCUCUCUGGAAGACAUUUUACUCGAAGAAGGGAUGUUAACACACAAUCUCUGCUGGAAAACUCUUGCAAGAACAAACGUCUGGACCUUGUUUUCAUCAUUGACAGCUCUCGCAGUGUGAGUCAUUAUGACUUUGAAAAAGUGAAGGAGUUCAUUUUGACCAUCUUGCAGUUUCUGGACAUCAGCCCUGACGCCACGCACGUGGGUCUGAUUCAGUACGGCAGCACCGUCAAGCAGGAGUUUUCACUGAAGACCUUCAGGAGGAAGCAGGACAUCGAAAGAGCCGUGAGGAGGAUGAUGCACCUCUCCACUGGCACCAUGACUGGACUGGCUCUGCAGUAUGCAGUGAACAUUGCAUUUUCAGAGACAGAGGGGGCUCGACCUCUAAGGCAGAAUGUGCCCCGAAUUAUCAUGAUAGUGACAGAUGGGAGACCUCAAGAUCCUGUGGCAGAGAUUGCUGCUAAAGCACGUAACUCAGGAAUCCUAAUUUUUGCUAUUGGAGUGGGAAGAGUGGAUAUGAACACUCUGAAGUCCAUUGGGAGUGAACCACAUGAAGAACAUGUGUUUCUGGUUGCUAAUUUCAGUCAGAUUGAAACAUUGACCUCUGCCUUUCAAGAUAAACUUUGUGUGCCUCAUAUGUGCAGCAUAAUUGAGCAUCACUGUGAUCACUUCUGCAUAAACACCCCUGGCUCCUACUUGUGCAGAUGUAAACAAGGAUACAUUCUGAAUGCUGACCAGAAGACUUGCAGCACUCAGGACCUUUGUGCUGUGGAGAAACAUGCCUGUGAGCAGAUUUGUGUGAACACACCUGGGUCCUAUGUCUGUCAGUGCUAUGAAGGGUAUGAGCUUGAUGCAGAUGGAAAGAGCUGUGUUGUUGUGGACUACUGUGCUUUGGAUAACCAUGGUUGCCAACACGAAUGUGUUAACACCAAGGACUCCUAUUACUGUAGAUGCCACCCAGGGUUCAUUUUAAAUCCAGACAAAAGAACUUGUGGAAAACCAGACUAUUGCUCUCUUCAGGACCAUGGUUGCGAACAGGAAUGUGUUAAUACAGAUGAUUCCUAUUUUUGUCAAUGCCAAGAAGGGUUUAGACUUAAUCCAGAUAAGAAAACAUGCAAAAGAGUGGACCACUGUGUUGAAAGCAACCAUGGCUGUGAGCAACUGUGCCUAAAUACAGGUGACUCCUAUGUCUGUCAGUGCUCUGAAGGAUUUGUCAUCAAUGAGGACCUAAAAACCUGCUCACGAGUUGACCAUUGUGCUCUAAGUGAUCAUGGCUGUGAACAUUUGUGUGUGAAUGGUGACAGAUCUUAUACUUGUCAGUGUUUUGAAGGAUACAGGCUCCGUAAUGAUGGGAAAACGUGUAAACGAGAGGACAUCUGCAAAUCAGUCAGCCAUGGCUGUGAGCAUAUUUGUGUUAAUGAAGAUGACUCCUAUGUUUGCAAGUGUCAUGAGGGUUUUCUGCUGAGAGAAGAUGGGAAAACAUGCAGAAGUAAAGACAUCUGCAAAUCAGUCAGUCAUGGCUGUGAACAUCUUUGUGUUAAUAAUGAUGAUUCAUACACUUGCCAAUGCCAUGAUGGAUUCGUACUAAGGCAAGAUGGGAAAACAUGCCGAAAUAAAGAUCUUUGCAAAUCAGUCAACCAUGGCUGUGAACAUGUUUGUGUUAAUUCUGGUGAUUCAUAUACCUGCAAAUGCCAUGAUGGGUUCCUACUGAGAGAAGAUGGGAAAACCUGCAGAAGAUGCACUGAAGGCCCAAUUGACCUGGUGUUUGUGAUUGAUGGAUCAAAAAGUCUUGGAGAGGAUAAUUUUGAAAUUGUAAAACAAUUUGUCUCAGGAAUCCUGGAUACACUUGACAUUUCACCCAAAGCUGCUCGAGUUGGUUUGCUUCAGUAUUCCACUGAGGUUCGUACAGAGUUUACAUUAAAGCAGUUCAGCUCAGCCAAAGACAUGAAGAAAGCUGUGUCACAAAUGAAAUACAUGGGCAGAGGUUCCAUGACAGGACUGGCACUGAGGCAAAUGUCUGAGAGAAGCUUCACAGAGACAGAAGGAGCAAGACCAUUCUCAGCAAACGUGCCUCGAAUCUCCAUUGUGUUUACGGAUGGGCGGGCCCAGGAUGAAGUGUCUGAGUGGGCUACCAGAGCAAAGCAGCGUGGUAUAAUCAUCUAUGCCAUUGGAAUAGGAAAAGCAAUUGAGGAAGAACUGCUGGAAAUUGCUUCUGAGCCAUCAUAUAAACAUCUCUUCUAUGCUGAGGAUUUCACAGCUCUGGAGGACAUAAGUGAAGAGCUAAGAGCCCAAAUCUGUGAAGCCUUGAGAGAGUCACCUCACCAGCAGGAUGCAUCAUCUGGGAGGCUUCAUAGGACUGGUCCACAGCCUUCAGGACCUGAAUCAACCACAAUAGCCAUCACAGAUGUCAUUGACUGUCCACAUCUUGCAGUACAUCACAAGUAUCUUUUUGAAGACAGUCACAUCCACUCAACAACAGCAAAAGCCUCAAAAGACAAUGACCAGUGCAAGUGUGAAAACCUUGUGACAUUCCAGAACUAUGCAACCAGUGAAGUAAGAAAACUCACCCAGCGAUUGGAAGAAAUGACGAAGAGAAUGGAAGACUUGGAAAACAGACUAAAAUACUGAUCAGAAUUUGAAGCGUACACUACACUGUAUAUUUAUACAUACAAACUUGUCAGAGCUAUUUUCUUUGUGUCUGAAGUUGAAAAGAAUAUUCUGGAUCCUUGCAUUUAUAUGCCAUGUGUUGUCUUGCAUUGAUUGCAGAUAAAAAUGUUGAUAAUUUUAUAUAAACAAUUUAGUAACUAGCAGAAGUUCUAAUUAAGCAGAACUGAAAUAAGCUAUGCAAAAUAAUAAAAUGGUGUUAUUUUUUGAAA